CUCCAGCCAUUGGUGUCUGUGUCAUUACUAAUAGAGUCCUGUAAACACUCGUUAAUCACGUAAGGCCGCCGGCUCCGGGCUCCGCACGCCAGCCUGUGGCGGGUCUUCCCCGCCUCUGCAGCCUAGUGGGAAGGAGGUGGGAGGAAAGAAGGAAGAAAGGGAGGGAGGGAGGAGACAGGCCAGUGGGAGGGACCGCCUCAGAGGCAGAAGCGCCGCGAGGAGCCAGCGGAGCACCGCGGGCUAGGGCGCAGCCACCCGCUGCUCCUCGCACCCCCUCGCCCCUUCCCCUUCGCGCCCCCCGGCAGUCCCCAGCGUCCGUCCCCAGGCAGCAUGGUGAGGUUGGCUGUCGGGCCCUCGCCACCAUGUACGUGAGCUACCUCCUGGACAAGGACGUGAGCAUGUACCCCAGCUCCGUUCGCCACUCUGGCGGCCUCAACCUGGCCCCGCAGAACUUCGUCAGUCCCCCUCAGUACCCGGACUACGGUGGCUACCAUGUGGCGGCCGCAGCUGCAGCGGCCGCGAACUUGGACAAUGCGCAGUCCCCGGGGCCAUCGUGGCCGGCGGCCUACGGCGCCCCGCUCCGGGAGGAUUGGAACGGCUACGCGCCGGGGGGCGCCGCGGCCGCCGCCAACGCCGUGGCGCACGGCCUCAACGGGGGCUCGCCGGCCGCAGCCAUGGGCUACAGCAGCCCGGCCGACUACCACGCACACCAUCACCCACACCACCACCCGCACCACCCGCCCGCCGCGCCUCCCUGUGCCUCGGGAUUGCUGCAGACUCUCAACCCCGGCCCUCCGGGGCCCGCCGCCACUAACGCCGCGGAACAGCUGUCCCCCGGUGGCCAGCGGCGGAACCUGUGCGAGUGGAUGCGGAAGCCCGCGCAGCCGUCCCUUGGAAGCCAAGUGAAAACCAGGACGAAAGACAAAUACCGGGUCGUGUACACGGACCACCAGCGGCUGGAGCUGGAGAAGGAGUUUCACUACAGUCGCUAUAUCACCAUCCGGAGGAAAGCCGAGCUGGCCGCCACAUUGGGGCUCUCCGAGAGGCAGGUUAAAAUUUGGUUUCAGAACCGCCGAGCAAAGGAAAGGAAAAUCAACAAGAAGAAACUGCAGCAGCAACAGCAGCCCCCACCAUCUGCACCCCAGCCACAGCCAGGUCCUCUGAGGAGUGUCCCAGAGCCUCUGAGUCCUGUGUCUUCCCUGCAAGGCUCCGUGCCUGGCUCUGUUCCUGGGGUUCUGGGGCCUGGGGGGGUGUUGAACCCCACUGUCACCCAAUGACCUACAGUGGCCUGCAGCAGCAGAGCAAUUCCAGGCUGAGUCAUGAGGUGCAUGGACUCUGCUCGAAGCCUCAGGAGAGACCCCUUUCCUCCCACCCACAAUGUACACCAACUUAUCCAGCUCUCAGAGGAGAAAUGGGGGCCAGGAGAAAAGACGAGUGGGUAUGGAGACCUCCAGGAAGACAUUGUCCCAGAUUUUGACCUUUUCCGGUCUGACUCUUUCUGCCAGUGAGGAGACGGGUAAUGAUGACCACCAGGGCUUCACGUAGUACUGGCAGCAGUGCCUGGACUGGCUAAACGGACCAGGCUUUCCGCCCCUUCCUCCCCAGCUCUUUUUGUCUUCAAAAUCUGAGGAUGCACCUCUGGUUGGAGCUGAGGGAAGAGAGGGACUCGGGAGCACCAGUGCUUGGAGCCAAGAUGGCUGCUGCCUACUCACUGCCAUCUAAGGACCAGCUGGCCCCUCCUGCCUCAAGGGAAGGCAAGAUUUACACUGCAGAAGCCAGAGGCAGCUAAGAUAGAAACCUGGACCGACCAAAGACUGCAGAAGACAGACUGCUUUGUCUGUCUUCUCUUCCCUCCCCAGACCAGGAAAGGCUUGGCUGGUGAAUAUGCAGUCAAUGGGGUGUGUGUGUGUGUUGGGGUGGGGGGUAAGGUGGUUCUUGGACUCCAGGCCUGACAAGGGGGCCCGGGACUGGACCUUGUUUAGAAAGCCUGUCACCAGAGCUUCUCUGGGCUGAAUGUAUGUCAGUGCUAUAAAUGCCAGAGCCAACCUGGACUUCCUGUCAUUUUCACAAUCUUGGGGCUGAUGAAGAAGGGGAGUUGUUGUUGCUGCUGUGUGGGUUGUUGGUCUGUGUAACAUCCAAGCCAGCCUUUAAAAAGCCUUCUGGAACCAUGGGGAGAGAAGUGAUAUGGUGAAGGGAAGUAGGGGGUAUUUGAGCACAGUUGAAUUUUUUCUAAAAAGAAACAGAAAGAUAAAUGAGCUUCCCAGAUUUCA